AUGGAAGCUGAACAAAUUGUUGAUCUUGAUGAUGACGUGCCAAGUCCAAAUAUUAAUGAGUCGAAUGCCAACCCAACUAAGAAAGCAAAAACAUAUGAUCCGACAUCGGGAGUGUGGGAGUUUUUUGAUCGUUUAGGUACUGGAUCUGAUGGAAAGCCACGAGCUGCAUGUAAAGCUUGCAAGAAAAAGUAUAUUGCCGGAGGGUCAAGAUAUGGGACUUCUAGCAUAACUCGCCAUAUGAAUAAGUGCCAACAAUUAAAAUCGAGAUACCAAAGCGAUGUAAGUAAUUUACUUAUUGAUCAUGCUGGGAAGAUGAGAAGUAGAAAAAUUUCUCAGAAAGUUCUUCGUGAAAAGAUUGCUCAGGCUAUUAUAAGACAUGACCUUCCCUUUUCAUUUGUUGAAUAUGAUGGGAUUAAGGAUGUUCUUAAGUAUUGUAAUCCGGAUGUGAGAACCUUUUCAAGGAAUACUGCUUCUUCUGAUGUGUUGAAACUUUAUACGGCUAAGAAAAAAAUCUUGAGAAAAAUGUUGGCAGAUGUUCGUAGUCGAAUAUGCUUAACUUCUGAUGUUUGGACUGCAUGCACGUCUGAAGGUUAUAUAUGCUUGACUGCUCACUUUAUUGAUGCUGAGUGGAAAUUAAAUAAUUUCAUACUCUCUUUUUCUGCUUUUCCUCCUCCACAUUCAGGGACUGAAUUGGCAAGAAAAGUUUUUGAUUUACUAAGAGAGUGGGGGAUUGACAGAAAAAUAUUUUCAAUAACCUUGGACAAUGCAAAAUCUAAUGAUAACAUGCAAGAUAUUUUGCGUGAGCAGCUUUGUUUGCAAGAUAGUUUGUUAUGUGAAGGUCAAUUCUUUCAUAUUCGUUGCUCGGCACAUGUCUUGAAUCUCAUUGUGCAAAAAGGUAUAAAAGUUGCUGGUGAUGCUUUGCAUAAGAUAAGGGAGAGUGUUAAGUAUGUGAAGGGGUCAGAAGGGAGAAUGAAAGCUUUCGAAGAAUGUGCUAAACAAGUCGACAUCCAAACGGGGAUCCAUUUGAGAUUGGAUGUUACUACCAGGUGGAAUUCCACUUACAUGAUGCUUGAAAGUGCAUUGAGAUAUCGACGGGCUUUUACUAGCCUUUCUUUGUGUGAUAGAAAUUAUAAGCAUUGUCCAUCGGUAGAUGAUUGGUCAAGAGGACAAAAAAUGUUUGAAUUUCUUCGCCCAUUUUUUGAUAUAACUAAGUUGAUGUCUGGCUCUUCUUAUCCGACUUCCAAUGUGUAUUUCACCCAAGUUUGGAAAAUUCAGUGUUUGUUGUUGAAGAAUGUGAAUAAUGAUGAUGUUGUGAUAAAGGAGAUGGUUAAGGAGAUGAUGGGAAAGUUUGAUGAUUAUUGGAAAGAAUAUAGUGUUGUUCUUGCAAUGGGGGCAGUACUUGAUCCUCGGAUAAAAUUCCAAUUGUUAGAGAUGUGUUACGAUAGAGUUGAUCCGAAUGAGGAUGACGAUGAGACAUUGAAAGGAUCAAACUCGUCUAUGGUCGGUUCAAGCGAUUCGGGAGGUGAAGAUGAAGACGAGAACUAG